AUGAUCGCAUCCGCACCUUCUAAUACGCAUCGGCGGAAUGCCAUCAGGUCGACCUGGGGUCGACCUUCUACGGAGCAGUCCAGAAGAUUCACCCAGGGCAAGUCCACGACGACCAUCGUGCCCAUGUUUCUGGUGGGCGAAUGCGAAGAACACUCUCAGAGCCGUCUUAUACGUGAAGAGGCCCGAGAAUUCGGUGACAUGUUGGUGGGCACCUACUUGGACACGUACCGGAACCUGACACUAAAGACGAUACACGGCUUCCUAUGGGUCGCCGAUCACCUCAGCCCCAGCUUCGUACUCAAGACGGACGACGACUGCUUCGUUAAUGUUGACGUCCUCCUAGACGUCUUAGCCGAGACCGUGGUGUUCCAGUCGGAACCCGUCGAGGCGAGUAUCGCGAGGACGAGCUCUCUGAGGGAGCUGACGUCUUCAGUCGACGUAGACGUCAGAUACCUCGUUCCGACGCUAUCUACGAGUCGCGUGAUGAGUGUCACGAGGUUGCCCUCCCCUCUAUACGUUGGCAACGUCAGAUGGAACAACCAGGUCGUCAGAAACCCCAGGAACCGAUGGUUUGUCUCUGAGAAAGACUACGCGAAAAGUUGGUACCCUCCAUACGGAAGCGGAGCCGGCUACGUCCUCGACGCCCGCGCCCUAGACGUUUUCACCAGGAACGUGCGUCGAGUGAGACCUUUCGCGAAUGAGGACGCCUACGUCGGGACUGUGCUUAGUGAGGCUGGAGUGAGGCCGGUGCAGAGCUACCGGUUCGUGUCCCAGCCUGCCGGUCUGUGGACGUGCAACUUCCUGUACGUCAUUGUCGUACACGGAGUGUCUGCUGACGAUCACGAAAGGUUUCUCUCGAAGGUGCGUAAUGCGAGAGAUGAGUGUCGUAAUGUGGAACGUGAUGUCGGUUGGGACUGA